AUGCCGAAGAAUAAAGGAAAAGGUGGUAAAAAUAGGAGGAGGGGAAAGAAUGAAAAUGAAACUGAAAAGCGUGAGUUAGUCUUCAAGGAAGACGGACAGGAGUACGCCCAAGUCACAAAGAUGCUCGGUAAUGGCCGCUUAGAGGCCAUGUGCUUUGACGGCAUAAAACGUCUUUGCCACAUCAGAGGAAAGUUAAGAAAAAAAGUUUGGAUAAAUCAAGGUGACAUCAUACUCAUUGGUUUACGAGAUUAUCAGGAUGCCAAAGCUGAUGUCAUCUUAAAAUAUACGCCUGACGAAGCAAGGAACCUGAAGACUUAUGGAGAGUUCCCUGAAACCGUACGCAUCAAUGAGACUGUUGUUUAUUCUGUCGAUGGCCUGGAUGAAGACAUUGAAUUUGGUGAUGAAGUUAGCUCAGAAGAUGAAGCUGACACUGUUGAUAAUAUA